ACCGGAUCAGGGCGAAGAUCUCAGCCGCGGUGACACGUGGCGACAUGAGAGAGCGAGUGUAUUCAUAGCAUCAGACGCGCUCCGUCUCCCUUGUCAGUGACUGCGCGCGUCUUUGGUUUCAUCGAGAUACCUAAAGCAGAGGCAAAACCCUCUCUCUCUCUCUAUAACCUUCUGUACGGAGGAGCAAGAAGGAGAAAAAAUGGCGACUUCUUCGUUCUCAGCCACAUCGCCGGCCGCCUCCGUCUCCGCCGUCUCCAAAACGACGUCGCGCUUCCCUCUCCAGAACCGUUCUCAUCUUCCUCGCAGAGUCUCCUUUCGCCUCUCUUCCAGGCCCAAGCUUCGCUUUCUCUCCAAGCCGAGUCGGAAUGGCAUUUCUGUGGUGAAAGCGCAAUCGAGCAAGGUUGGUGGUGGUGGAUCAUCAAAUGCUUCAGAACCAUCCACAAAACUUGAAGUGCCAUCAACUGAAGGAAAGGAUACCGACCCAUCGAAAGGAUCUUCUUCCUCAUCUGCUUUAGCUACAGAAGAAUCCAUAUCCGAGUUCCUUACUCAAGUGACAAAUCUUGUCAAGCUUGUUGAUUCAAGAGAUGUAGUUGAAUUGCAGUUGAAACAACUCGACUGUGAACUGGUCAUCCGGAAAAAGGAGGCCUUACCUCAACCACAAUCUCCUACACCGGUUGUGAUGAUGCAGCCACCUACUCAACCAUCUUUUAUGAAUGCAGUACCUUCCCCUCCUCCUGCUCCACCUUCUGCAUCUCCAGCUCCUUCUUCUCCGGCCCCAUCUGUUCCAGCAUCCCCUCCUCCAUCGCCCAAGUCAUCGCUUCCUACCCUUAAAAGCCCUAUGGCAGGCACUUUUUACCGAAGUCCAGGACCUACUGAACCACCUUUUGUAAAGGUUGGAGAUAAGGUGCAGAAGGGACAAGUUCUAUGCAUCAUCGAAGCCAUGAAAUUGAUGAAUGAAAUAGAGGCUGACCAGUCAGGAACCAUAGUCGAUAUCCUCGCGGAGGAUGGCAAGCCUGUCAGUGUUGACUCACCUCUCUUUGUGAUUAAGCCAUAGAUUCGGAACACCAGGAGGAGGGGGAGGAGUUCAUAUAAAGAAUGAGGGGACCUGUGGGAAUGUUUUCAUGGCAAUCAUUAGGCUGGUUUGGUCAGAGAGAUGAGUUCAGUUGGACAAAUUUUUUUUUAAAGAACUGUCUUUUUGUUCAGUUGUGUUUAGAGAGAGUUCAUCUUCAGGGCGAUAAUGGCUCGUUUUAGUUUGGUUUUGGAAGCAUUCUGGUUGGUUGGUUGACUGAAAUGGAAGCUUUGAUAAUAUUUGAUAUUUUUUGUCUUU